CAACAAUGGGAUCAGAAUCAGACCCUGUAACCACCAUGCUCAUCGAUGAGCAAAUUGAAACCAACAUAGCCAUCCAACGGCUAAUAAAAAACUUCACUAAAGACUCCGCAGAGCGAAGGCUCAAGCCCGGAUAUUUUGAGGAGAGACUAAAACAGCUCACUCACGCAUGGACCCAAUUUAAAAGGAAUGACGCCAAGCUUCGGGAGCUGGCACUAAGCCCAGAACACGAGUAUUUCACAAAGGUAAAGGCGCUAGAAGAACUUGUGAACAAGUAUGAAGCGAUAUUUGCCGAUGGAAUUCCAUCAGGGUCAGGCCCGUCACAAAAGCCCCGGAAAACAGGAGAAAAUCUUGAGCCAAAGGCACAAGCUCAAGGAAUCGAAGAAGACCCUCACUUAACAUCUCUAAAACGAAGACAUGAAGGACGACUAGACGAUAUGGAAGACUUUCUGUGCAACCGCACCGAAGGACGGGAAGUGUCCACACACGUCAGACAACACAUGAAGGAGCUAUGGAAGGAAAUCGUCUUCUGUCGUUUCCCGAAGAAGGCCGGAAGUGUGAGGAGGUUAAAUGUCCCACACGCCAAGACAGGUGGCAAGACUGGCACGGCUGCGGACACGGACAAAGGAGAAAGAGGAGCCAGCGUGGAACGUAACGGUUUCGGACGUCUCAGCGCAGCUGUGUUUACAAAGUGUGGCAUGAGGGAGCAGCAGCGGGGACGAACGAACCAGCACGGCUGCGCGCUGAUAUUCGUAGGAGAUAGCGGGGACAGCGGGGAACAGGCCACGAAAGCCCGGCUAUGUUAA